AUUCUAUAGACAAGCUCACACCACUUAUGUCUCUAAUUUUUCAUUUAAAACAAUUUUUCAAUUUUAAUGUAGAUUUUUCGUCUCUAAAAAUUCAAGCACCACAAUGAUGAACAUCUUACUCCGUGUUCUGUUAAUUAUCUCGGCCUUUCACUUCGUAUUUUCCGAGAUCAAGAACAUACGCAUUCUUGAUGAUUCUCGUUCGAUGAUCUUAUUCGAAAGAUUCGGUUUCACGGAAGCUGGUCGGGUUCAUAUUUCUGUAAAAGAUGUUUAUUGGAAGACAAAACAUCGUAAAGUCGAAUAUAAUCCGUCUUCAAUGGGGUUUUUUCUAGCACGAGACGAGUCGUUUAUCAGAAUCAUGAACGAGUCGCAGUUUACGGAAUCUUUCUGUGUUCUGUCGAGCCGGUAUGUUCAACUCAUACUCAAAUUUGAUAACCUGACAGCUAAUUCAACUAAUUCCGGUUCUAUAACUAUCAACGAUCCUGACGAAUAUAGUCUUGUUUUCGGAAAUUGUCAGCCUGAAUUUGAAGUGUCGAUGUUUGUACAUACGGAAAUGUAUAAUCUUAAAUACGGCGUAAAAGAUUUCCUCCCCGCAGGCCAAACGCACCUGCCGAGGCUUUAUUUCAUGUUUUUUCUUAUAUACGCGUGUUUCUUCGGUCUCUGGAUUUUUACCUGCAUCAAACAGAGACCGACAGUCGACAAGAUCCAUUUAAUUAUGGGCGCGUUGCUUCUCGUUAAGACGCUAAAAAUGAUAUGUGCAUCGGAAGAUAAAGUGUACGUAAGCAAAACCGGAACGCCUCACGGAUGGGACGUAGCAUUUUACAUUUUCGGAUUUUUUAAAGGCAUAAUGUUGUUCACUGUCAUAGUCCUGAUAGGGACAGGAUGGUCAUUUCUCAAACCCUAUCUUCAGGAAAGGGAAAAAAAUGUUCUGAUGACAGUUAUUCCUCUUCAGGUUCUUGAAAACAUAGCUUAUGUCGUAAUUGCUGAAACCGGACCCGCUACGAAAGACUGGCUGACAUGGAACCAAAUGUUUUUACUAAUCGAUGUGAUAUGUUGUUGCGCCGUGUUUUUUCCGAUCAUUUGGUCGAUUCGGAGCCUACGAGAGGCGUCGAAAACGGACGGAAAAGCUGCAAGAAAUCUUCAGAAAUUGACACUUUUUAAGCAAUUUUAUAUAUUUGUGGUUGGAUAUUUGUAUUUUACAAGAGUGGUGGUUUCUUCAAUUGGGGCUCUUCUUGAUUAUAGAUAUGAAUGGAUUACAAGUGUUCUUGCUGAAACUGCAAGCUUGAUUUUCUAUAUAUUUAUAUUUUAUAAUUUUCAGCCUAUUGAAAAGAAUCCUUACUUGGUGAUUGAUGAUGAAGAAGAGUCUGCUGCUAGCCAAAUUUUGCAAGAAGAUGACUCCUUUGAACUCUAGAAUAUUAAUUAGUUUUGUUAUUAAUGUAUCUAUUUGUUGGUAAUUUUCCACAAGAGAAUGUCAUGGAUUUGUUUGGAAAUUCAUACUCUAAUUUUGUUUCAUUUUUCUUUAGGAUUGUGAAUCUAAGUAACUAUAUUUUUGUUUA